GACUUGAACAAUGUGGGGCGCCAAAUAUGUUUCACUGGCUAUAGUCAACGCUCCGAGUCUGUCUAAUGGCUCAGUUCCCGUGUGUGAAUACGAAUUCUUUUUCAAGCCUGAGAAUCACAACUUUCUCUUUCUGGCUCGCGGAACAUCAUCCAAGCAUCAAUCGACUAAAUCCCAGGGCCAUCUAUCACCAAAGUGCGAUCUCUCGAAUAUGCCACUAGGCCGUAAUUUUGAGGGAGGGAAUCCCCCCCAGAAAACUACUAUCCUCGUUAUCGGUGGUGGACCCGCAGGAAGCUUCGCUGCAUCUGCUCUUCAGCGUGAAGGCCAUCAAGUUGUCCUCCUGGAAUCUGCAAAGUUCCCCAGAUAUCAUGUGGGCGAAUCUAUGCUUCCUUCUCUGAGGAACUACCUCCGGUUCAUCGGUAUGGAAGAAGAAUUCGUUAACCAUGGAUUCUUGACCAAGCCUGGCGCUACCUUCAAGCUUGUCCAAGGUUUACGCGACAGCUGGACCGAUUUCACGGCACUGGGUCCUGGAUAUGGAACUUGGAACGUUAUUCGUUCAGAAAUGGACAACCUCAUGCUUCGCCACGCGGAGAAAGAGGGUGUGCAGGUCUUUGAGGAGACUCGCGUCGAAUCAAUCGAUUUCGAAGGCGAACCUGCCUCCUCUCGGCCCAUCGCCGCGCACUGGACGAACAAGCAAGGUGGCUCUGGAAAAAUCUCGUUCGACUGGCUUGUCGACGCAUCCGGCCGGGCUGGCGUCAUGUCGACCAAAUACCUGCAGAACAGAGAGAUGCGUGAAACUCUGCGCAACGUCGCUGUUUGGGGCUACUGGAAAGACUGCAAGAGAUAUGCAGCGGGCACGAAGAAGGCAAACUCGGCUUGGUUCGAGGCGAUGACCGAUGAAAGUGGGUGGAUGUGGGGGAUUCCACUUCAUGAUGGGACGACCUCGGUCGGUGCUGUGAUGCAUCAAAAUGCGUCUAAUGCCAAAAAGGCGAAGGUUAAUGCCGAAGGAAACAAACCAUCGCUCACCGAGCACUACCUCGAUCAACUUCAAUUCGGUCCAGGCGUUAGAGAGAUCAUUGGAGACAAGGGACACAUGAUUCCUGGAAGUGUGAAAAGCGCUGCUGACUACAGCUACUUCGCCUCACGGUAUUCUGGCGAUCACUUCCGAAUUAUUGGAGAUGCUGCUAACUUCAUAGACCCCUUCUUUUCCUCUGGUGUUCACAUCGCCAUGACUGGAGGACUUGCUGCUGCCGCUACCAUUUGUGCCUCUAUGAAAGGUGAAGUUGAUGAGCAAACGGCACAGAAUUGGCAUGACACGAAAGUUGGCAUCGCCCACACCAGGCAAGUCUAUCAUGUGUUUCACAGUGGCAAAUUUUUGUUUGUCGUUUUGGGAGCCUACAAGCAGAUGCGCCUGCAGUCUAUCCCUGUUCUCAGUGACGUAAAUGCAGACAACUUCGAUCACGCAUUCGAAAUGUUCCGUCCAGUCAUCUAUGGAUUAGCGGACAGCUCUAAGGAGUUGACGGACGCCAAGGUCUUGGAGAUGAUGGAAAUCUGCCAGCGGUUCUUCGAUCCUUUAGUAAACGAAGACGACAUCAAGGCUGCACGAGAGCGUUAUGGCGAAGAGCUGAUCACGAUGCAGGCGCCUGUGUUGGGACGAGACAAGAUAGAGGAACUCGUGCACGAAGACGAGAAAUCAGAGCGGGUGCUGCGCAAGUUCGACGCGCUCAAGGUGUUUAGAGACGAUGUGGAGGCAACGUACAUGAGCAGACACCCUCUGCUUGGUUAUGUGGCCAAAGUAGAGAGGGGGAACCUUGGGUUGAUGAAGGCCCCCGAGAAGCCUGGCGAAGCUUUGAACGGAUCGGCGACGACGGCCGAUAUGUAUCGAAAUAUAUCCCCAGAGACUCUUCCUAGCACCGUGGGGCACAUUUUCGCCGAGUGCUACGACAGUCCCCGAACAAUCACAGCCAACGGUAUUGCAACGCCGCCGAUUGCACCCCCUUCCUACCAUGCAGAAGUGUAAACACAAUGCAUGAGAUGGUGGUGAAACAAGGGUUCAUGCAAUCAGUAGGGUUCUGCAUCACAGAAUGAACCUUGACCAGAAUCUCAUCAGGAUCUGGUUCUGGUAAGGCAAUAUCGUUGAUUUCAAACCCUCCGUCUCCACUUGUGAACAGUGCUUUCAUGGUGUCCUGAACCUGGAAAGAUAUGUGGUAGUAGUGGCGUGAAAGAACUUUGAUCAAGUACUAUUUAUGAUCGG